AUGCGCUGCUGUGGAGGACGAGCUGUCCAUGUGAUAGCGCAGUCUCCGUUCGCUGUUUUUCGAUGUUUCUUGGGCGCUCCGCUCGGGGCGCUGCGCCCCCGGAGGCCGCCAUUGAUGUUGUAG